AACACAUUUGAUAACCAGUGAGCAAACAGAAAACUCUAGAAACCUUAGAAAUUUGAGAGAGAGAGAGAGGGGGAGAGAGAGAGAGAUGGGCAGACCAUCGGAUAAUAUGAUUAUAGAUGAAGCAGAGGCAGAGGCAGAGAGGAUGAUGAACAUGAUGAUGAUGAGUUCUUCAGCACCAGCCAACAUGCCUCUCUUGUCACUAAACCAUGUUUCAUAUUUGUGUAAAUCAGUCGGUGCAUCUGUAAGAUUCUAUGAACAAGUCUUGGGGUUUGUACUUAUCAAACGUCCUUCUUCCUUCAAAUUCCAAGGAGCUUGGUUGUUCAACUAUGGCAUCGGGAUCCAUUUGUUGGAGUGCAAUUCACCAGAUGACAUUAGAAAUAAGAAAGGCGCUGCGAUAAAUCCUAAAGACAACCACAUAUCAUUUCAGUGUUCUGACAUGAAGUUGGUGAUGAGGAAACUGGAAGGAAUGAACAUCGAAUAUGUGACGGCGGUUGUGGAGGAAGGUGGGGUGAAGGUGGAUCAGCUCUUUUUCCAUGACCCAGAUGGAUACAUGAUUGAAAUUUGCAAUUGUGACAAUCUUCCCGUUCUUCCCCUUUCUUCUUCCUGCCCGAUUAAGAAGAAGCUUCCUCAGACUCCAAACAUGCGCCACAUUGCAUCUUUAUCUGGCAAAGCCAGAAGUUGCGCAGGAGAAGUCGAGGAUAAAAUGUUGGAGAAUUUGUUCCAAGACUUGAUGGACCUUUCCUUUUAAUGACGAAUAUGAAUGGAUUGCCUAGUACUACAAUAUGAGAGGAACAUUUCAAGUAUUUGCGUAUCAAGAAACUAGGAUAAGUGAGAUUUCCCUAGUUGAUUGUUUUGUGAUUUUCUACUUCAUUGUAUCUGGAGACAUCAGUAAUAAUAACCCAUAGCUAGGCUCAGUAACUAGCAUGUGAGAUCAUACAAGUUCUUCAGAGUUACUGAGUAACUUUUGUAUUUGGUAAAUGUUGUAAUCAGUGUAGGUUGAAACAUUCAAUCGUGUAAUGUUUGUUGGGUGAGAGUAAAGGAUUUGAUGUGAACAACUGGGUUGCAUGGGUACUGAAUAAUGGAAUCAUGCAAGGCAAAAUUGAAACAUCGACAAAUGUAUAAGAAAAAUGAUGAAUAUCCCAGGACCCAAAUUGUUCUCA